UUCUCACUCUCAGGGCAGAAUUGUUGAAGCUUUUAUUGACGUGUUUCUCAGAAGAAAUGUACCAGUCUCCAUCUGACACACACACACUCAACCCCUGGGUCUCGUUCUUUUGCUCUAGAGAAAACCGACAUGCCCUGCCGCUCUUCACCUCUCUUCUUAACGUGGUAUGUGCGUAUGAUCCAGUUGGGUACGGCAUCCCGUACAAUCACUUGAUGUUCUCUGACCAGCGGGGGAUGCUAGCAGAGCUGGCGCUUCAGACUCUGAUCGUUUCAUUGGAGCAAGAGCUCGUCGAUAACUCAAACACCAACACGACCCUGAGCACCAAUACUGACACCUGCUCUGCUGAUUACAACAAGAACUCAACUGCUGAGGGAUGUCAGACAACAAGAGGCGAAAACCUGUUUGUAAACUACCUGUCUCGAAUUCAUAGAGAAGAGGAUUUUCAUUUCAUUUUGCGAGGAAUCGGCCGGCUGCUCAAUAACCCCCUGCUGCAGACAUACCUGCCCCAUUCCUGCAAGAAAAUCCAGUUUCAUCAGGAGCUGCUGGUGCUUUUCUGGAAACUCUGCAGUGUCCUUCAUACCACUGAGUGUGAUUUUACCCGAAUGUGUCACCGAGUUCUCAUCUGUCAGGUGUGCGCUGAUCGGAAGUGGGCGUGGCCAUCCCAGGGAUCCUCCCAUAGCAACCGCUCGAGCGUGCCUGCAGUUCCUCGAGUGGAGACGCCAGAAGCGCACGUGAAAUCUCGCCAUACCCGCACAAUGCACGCCAAAUGA